AUGAAUUAUGAAAAUGACAAGACCGACGCCGUUGACUGGGACUUGUUGCGGUCGCGCAGCUUGCAGCCUUUUGGAUUUGGACACGAGCGAAGAUAUCUAUGGCCAAAGCUCCUGAACGUAAAUCAUUCGACCACUAAUUCGACAAGCUCAGACUCGAAAGCAGAGGAGCAAACACUGAACGACAAGGAUGACGGCGGGCAGACAGAACUCCAGGAUCCUGACAACGACCCACGGAAGAGAGAAGAUCUGCAAUCGCAGUUACACAAGCUCAUCGUGACCGUCUUCCGGAGAAGGCAACACUUGAAUUACUUUCAGGGAUACCACGACAUUGUCUCCGUGUUUUUCCUUACGCUACCUCCCGAGAUACGGGUGAACUCCGUCGAGCAAAUGAGUUUGCACCGACUGCGUGAUUCCAUGGGGGUUAGUCUUGAGCCUGUUGUUGGUUUAUUACGAAUACUAAAGGGCUUACUGCAAGCAACCGAUCUGGAAUUCUCAGCUCUCCUAGAAAGACAUCCAAUAGCUAUCGUGUAUCUCGUCGCCGCGGUCGUACUGUUCCGCCGAGACCAAGCUUUCCAAUUAGAAAAGGAAGGAGAGGAAGGCAUGGUACAUUCCAUCCUCAGUAGCCUCCCUGACCUCUACGAGGAGCAAGAAGAGGCGAACCCGCUGAAGGCGGAUGAGAAUGAAACUAAAGAAGAAAAGCUAUCAAUAACAUCGCUAAAGUUGGAACCUAGCCCCCUUCCGGAACAGCAAGGCGGAGAGCUGGUGGAAGACGUCAGCGUUGACUUUGCACAAAACACCAACACUCUCAUAGAGCCAUCGACAGUAUCUACGGUUUCCACAGAUUGCCAACCUCUUGAAUCUCCGUCGACACUAGAGUCUAGUUCGAGCUCACACGAAGCGCAGAGUAUCGAGGACACACUGUCUGAUGACGAUGCGUCAACAGCGGCUGCUAUAUAUGCGACCUCCCUUCCAUCAGCCUGUGCUGAUGUUGAAGGCGACAUCGCUCCCGAAGAGCUCGACGAGGCCCACGUGUCCGAGAAAGUGCCAUUAUCACGCUCUUCCUCACCUGAGCUCACACUACCACGUCCCCGUGUGUCUUUAACUUCCCUCCUCAUCCGCGCCGACGAACUCUUCGCGCGCUUUCCCCCUUCGCACCCCUCCAUCGCACUCUCCUCCGUCAUGGGUCCACAAAGCGUCAUGCUCACCUGGUCCCAGGACCCUGCCGAGCUUCCCCCCGAUGACGACGCCGAGCUCAUGGUCAAGAAGCCGGAACUCGUCGUGCGCCCGUACAUCGAGCCCGACGAUGAGGUCGCAUCCGACGACGAGUCCGCCGCGCACGCGCGGCACCCGCGGGCGAAGGAGCAGCGCCGCCGGAGGAAGCUGCGCAAGCCUCGGAAGCUGGCACUGGAGCGCAAGACGAUGGUCGCGGGCGCCGUGCUCGUGCUUGGCGUCGCGAUGGCCGUGUAUGGGAUCCAGAACGUACAGGGUCCGGCGGGCUGGCUCCGGGAGGGGUACCAGCCGCGCAAUUCGGUAGGUAGGGAGUGGAAGCGCGUGAGUCAUUUCCUGGGAGGUGUGAUUCUGGGCGCGGGUGAACGGGUGCUGGAAGGGCUAUGGCAUUGA